AUGUCAGCAAACUAUGUAUCGACGCUCUCAAAUGAAGACCCUGCGGAGCCCAUUGAGCUAGGCUGGUCUUCCGAGCGACCUCCGUUGCGUGACAGUAGAGAAGAUUGGACAGGAAUCACCAAUCCUUCCGAGAGGAGAAAAUUGCAGAAUCGACUGAAUCAGCGAGCUCGCAGAGAAAGAGCCAGGAAAAGGACUUCGCGAGAAGCCACAGCAAUUGCGGGACUCUCGUCUUCACAGGAUCAUACACGGUCCAGUGGAUCUGGCAUUCCUGGCAGCACAGCUGCAUCCCCAUCGCGCCAAGAACCAGAUAGCGUUAUUACGGUUGACGUUAAGCGGCUCCAAUCUAAAAGAUGCAUAGCGUCUAUGCCUCAAGUGCAGGCCUUGAUGAGUCGUUUCGCAGAUCAUGCAUACGCUAGCUACAUGCAAGGGGCGCCUGCAGUGGCGCACCUACCGCUUCUUGUCAGAUACAACGUAUCUACUGCGCUAGCAACAAAUGCGGGACUAUUGGGUGUCACUGAGGAGUUCUAUCGGUGGGAAGGCAUUUCUCCCAUGAACAAGCAAGGCCCAUUGCUGGGUUUAACCUUCCACAAUCAGUUCAAGAAUUGGCCGGCAACCCUACAGCCUACACAACUACAGCUUUCGAUGGAGCAUCAUCCAUGGGUCGAUUGUUUCCCCUGGCCAAGAUUACGCGAUAACUUGCUCAAAGCCUUUGAACACCCCGACUUGUGCGACGAAGAUGAAUUAUGUCACGAUCUCUGUAAUUACGAAGACGCGGAAAGAUACCCAAUGCUUCUCAUCUGGGGAUCGCCCUGGAAUUCUCGCAGCUGGGAGCUUAGCGAAGAAUUUCUCAAGAAAUGGGCCUGGCUGCUGAGUGGUUGUGGGGAAAUGAUCGUAGCAACAAACCACUGGCGGGUCAAAAGAGGCGAAACCAUGAUUACACCACAACAGUUUGCCGACUGGAUUAGGCUAAGCCUACCGAUACGAUUGAGCCCCUCGGGGACUUGA